GCCAGCAGACGAAACACAAACCCUCCAACAAUUCAACUCCAUUUUUCUUUAACAUGGAGCAUUUUAACGAUAACUGAAGGAGCAGGGAGCGUGAGGAGGGAGAGUGACUUAAAGUAACACCUAAUAUAAACUUCCUAUGACGUCAAUGUGCCGAGAUAAGAACAUGAAGGCGUGACAGCUGUGUGGCGGGACAGGUGGCUUAAUUAACAAGGCAGCAUGAUGGACGUGUCAGGGCUGCGGCAGCGGCUGGAGGGCUAUGGCCAGGAACACCUCCUUCAGUUCUGGGACAGCCUUCCCGAGCCACAGCGCAAGGCUCUCUACACUGACCUGUCUGAACUGAACCUGGAGGAGGUGUGUGGGUUCUACAAGCGCACUGUGUCGUCGCUGAAUGAGGAGCAAACCAAGCUGGAUGAACGCAUGCAGCCCAUCCCGGCCAACAUGCACGGCUCUGUCACCCGCACACCCCUAGAGAAGAUCACCAACUAUGAGGAAGCGGGUCUGCGUGAGGUGAGCGAGGGGCGUGUGGCGGUGCUGCUGCUGGCGGGUGGGCAGGGCACUCGGCUGGGUGUGGACUACCCCAAGGGGAUGUACGAUGUGAAGCUGCCCUCCGGAAAGACUCUGUACCAGCUGCAGGCCGAGAGACUCCUGAGACUGCAACGACUGGCUGCUGACAAGUUUGGCAAGUGUGGUGACAUCCCGUGGUACAUCAUGACAUCAGAGCACACGAAGGAGCCCACCAUGGACUUCUUCGCAAGGAACCACUACUUUGGCCUGGAGAAGGAGAACCUGGUGGUGUUUGAGCAGGGGAUGCUUCCGUGCUUCACCUUUGACGGCAAGAUUAUUCUGGAGGGGCCUAGCAAGAUUGCCCGUGCCCCUGAUGGCAAUGGAGGGCUCUACAGGGCCUUGAGGGAGAAGAAUGUUUUGGAGGACAUGGAGCGACGUGGCAUUCAGUACAUCCACGUGUACUGCGUUGACAACAUUCUAGUCAAGAUGGCGGAUCCUAUCUUCAUCGGGUACUGCCUCUCCAAGGGGGCCGACUGUGGUGCUAAGGUUGUCGAGAAGGCCUUCCCCACUGAGGCUGUUGGUGUGGUGUGCAAAGUGGACGGCAUUCAUCAGGUAGUGGAGUACUCUGAAAUCACUCUCAAGACAGCACAGAAGAGAAAUCCAGAUGGCCGCCUAACCUUCUCUGCCGGCAACAUCUGCAACCAUUACUUCACCACCGAGUUCCUGAAAAAAGUUGUGCUCAAUGACUACGAGACGAGCAUGAUGCACCAUGUGGCCAAGAAGAAGAUCCCGGCGGUGACCAACGAGGGCAAGACCGUCAAGCCCGACAAACCAAACGGCAUCAAGAUGGAGAAGUUUGUGUUUGACGUGUUCCAGUUCUCAAACACACUGGCAGUCUGGGAGGUGAUUCGCGAGGACGAGUUUGCGCCGCUGAAGAACGGAGAUGGCGCUGAGAAGGAUACACCCACCACCUGCCGCCACGCCCUCUUCUCCCUCCACCACCGCUACCUCCUCAACGCUGGCGGCACCCUGGUGGACUCCGAGGGUGAGCCGCUGCCCCUCAUUCCCAGGCCAGAGGAGAAGGCUGUACCAGUGACGGAGAGCCCUGCCGCUGCCCCCAAAUGUCCCACUGAAAAUGCAAACACCGAAUUCAAUAAUAACUACGCUCAAAAGGAGCUACGAUGGGAUGAGUGCCCAGUGGUUGUGGAGAUCUCCCCGCUGGUGUCUUACGCUGGGGAGGGACUGGACAAGCUGGUUGGGAAUAAGAAGUUUACCUGUCCACUCAGCAUUAACGAACCCACACAGAAGAUUGAGGUGUAGGUGUGGUGUGGUGGACAACUGGAAGGAGAGAGGGAGAGGGUAGAGAAAGAAAAGUCAAGGAAAUGAAAUAAAGAAGAGAGGGAAAGGGUAAAAAAUUAGAAGGCAAGAAAUCAAGCAAAGAGAGGGAAAGGAUGAGAAAAUGAAGGUAGAAGAAGGAAAGUUAAGGAAAUGAGGCAAAGGAGAGAUGAAGAGGGUGAAAAAUUGAAGAUAGGGAAGGAAACGAUAAGAAAAUGAGGGAGAAAAGAAAAAGGAUGAUAAAAAAAAGGAUAGAGACAGUGAAAGAUGAUAAGAAGGGUCAAGGAAAAUGAAGGAGAAAAGAAAAAGAGUGAGAAAAAAGGAUGAAGGCAGUGAAAGAUGAUGAGAAUAUUGACACAGAGAGAGAAAAAGAAUUAUGUGAUACUCUUGUGGUGGCUGAGAGAAGGAAGUGUGGCUGGGGACCUGAAGUGUGUGGUGUAGGGUCUCUUGGAUUACUUUGGGACACUUUAAGCGAUUGAAAUGUACUUAAGUGAAUUUAGAACACUUUAGCAUACUUUUAUGGUAUUGCUAGUGUGUUGAAGUGUUCUUAGUUGAUUUUAGGACACUUUACCACACUUUUAUAGUAUUGGCAGGGUAUUGAAAUGUCUUUAAAUAAUUCUAGGAUACUUUUAGCACAUUUGAUAUUGGUAGAGAAUUAAAAUGUGUGGCUUAGCAUACUUUACGAUACUUUAUGAUAUCAGUCAUGUAUUAAAGUGUUCUUAAGUAAUUUUAGGACACUUCAGCACACUUUUUUGGGGCAGUGAAGUGAAGUGUGUUUAGAAUCGGACACUAAUAAUGUUUGGGAAGGACUGUCUGUUUAGGUGUGAGUGUCCAGGAUUCUAGAUAACACUUUAGGACACUUUACUGAAUGGUUAAAAUGGAUUGAUGUAUCCUUAAGUAACCCUAGGACACUGCAGGAUACUCUAGAAUACUUUUGGAUGUUUGAAGAUUUUUUUGAGUGUUUCUAAUGGUUUGAAAUGUCCUAAGUAAUCCAAACACACUGCAGGAAUUUUUGGAACACUUUUGGACAUUUGGGAACUUUUUUGAGUGUUUAUAAUGGCUUCAAGUGUCCUUUAGUAAUCCAAACACACUGCAGGAUAUUUUAGAACAGUUUUUGAUACUUGUGGUGAACUGAACUGUACUUAUUUCAUCAUCAGGACACAUCAGAAUGCUUGUGGUAAAGAGACAUGUACUUAACAGAACAUAACAUCUUCAAUACCGAGACAGAUUUUUACCUUGAUCAUUAGGUACAAUUUGACGAUUAUACUUGCAUUAGGAAGGGUCUGUGGAGGUCAAAAUAUUAAUGGCCAGAGUCUUCCCUAUUCUAAUCCCAUCUCAUGUUUCGGAAGCUGUAUAAAAUUGUCAAUGUAAUAACCAGAAUGAAAAUGUGUCCUGGUACUGAAGGGGUACAUCAGUCCUAGCACACUUCAGGAGCCUCGGACACACUUCUGGACAUUUGUGGGAGACUCGCAGUGAACUGAAGUGUACUUAUUCUGCCGCAAGACACUUCAGUAUGUUUUCUCAAUACUUAUUACAUCUGUAUCUUGUUUGGGAAGGUUUACGAUGUGUUUUAAUGCCUUUGUGUGCAUGUGUGUGUGUGUGUGUGUGUGUGUGUGUGUGUGUGUGUGUGUUUGCAUUAUUACACACUUUAUUUUUUAAGUGUUGGCAAACUGUGUAUAUUUGAUUCCAAUCCUUUUUUCUCUUUUUUUCUCUUUCAUUUAAAAUUUUUUUUUUUUUUAUUUCAUCCAAUAAGUUUGUUCCUUUUUACAUUAUGAUUAUUUUUUAAUCUGAUUAGUUUGGCUUUCAAUACCAUGUGUGCUUGUAUAUGUGUGUAUGUACGUGUUUUAGAAUGUACGUUUGUGUAUGUGCAUCUGUGUGUAUGUGUGUGUGUAUGUAUGUGUGUGCGCAUCUGCUACACCCGAACACUUUUAUAUUCCGCACGCACAUGAAAUACACACACCUAAUUCUUGGAUUCUCACUCGUAACACUGUAGCAGAUGCACACACACACAUGCACACACACACCCUCCCCCUCCCUUCCCUCCCCUUACAAACAGUCCCCCUAUACAGAUAUAUUUUCAUAGUCACCCCUUAUGUCAACGAAAUGCAUUAUUGGGUUCAUAACUGCUCAAUUUUGUAAAGUUUCCCCCCUCUUCCAUCAUCAACUAAAGCAAGGUGUUUUUUGUAAUGUUUUCUGUAUCCUCAUCUUUUCUUUUCUUGAUUUUUUUUCUUUAUUUCCAUCCCUCCCUCUUUUUUUCCCUUUUUUUUCCUUUUUCUUGAUAAAGUUGCGACAAAUUGUAGUUUUUAAUUUUUCUGUAUCAUUUCUUUCCUUUUAGUUUUUUUUUGUUUCCCUUUCUCACUAUUUUUUCACUUUCUUUUCUCAUAAACUUGUGACAAAUUUAGUUUUUUUUUUAUAUAAGUUUUUUUGUAUUUUGUCUAGGUAUUUUUCCUUUGUAUAGUUUGCCUUUUGUUUCCAUUCCUCCCUUUUUUCCUUUGCAGUUUUGUAUAAUGCUCUUCCUGAACUAAAGUGACAAAUUGUAGCCUUUAUAGAUCUGUGUAUAUGUUCAUUGUUUUUUUUCCUUAUCAAAUUUCCCUUUCCUUACAUUUCCUCCUCUUUUCUCCUCCAAAUGAACUAAAAUUACAAAUAGUUUUAUCGACUUCUGUAUUCACUCUUCUUCUUUUACCCCCAUUAAUCUAGUUUUCCUUUGUUUUCUUUUCAUUCUUUUCUCAUUUCUGUUUCUUUUUUCUGUAAAUAAACAAAAUUGACAAUUAUUUUCACCAAUUUCUAUAUUCAUUCAUCUCUUUUUGCCCCUUUUAUCCAGUUUCCCCUUGUUUUCAUUACAUUAUUUCUUCAUUUCCCUGUUUUCCUGUCCCUUUUUCUCUAAAUAAACUAAAAACAUGGUUAUUUUCAUUCAUUUCUAUAUUCAUUCAUCUCUUUUUGCCCCUUUUAUCUAGUUUCCCUUUGCUUUGAUUCCAUUUCCCUGUUUCCCUCUCUUUUUUUCCCCAAAUAAACUAAAAUGGCAACUAUUUUCACCAAUUACUAUAUUCAAUCAUCUUUUUUUCCUCUUUUUCAUCGUUUCUCUAUAUUUUCCCUUUUUUUUUAUCUUUUCUUUAUUUUUAUUCCAUCCUGAACACUUGUCCCUGUUUCUGUGAGCCCCUGUUUCCCCUGUUUCCCCCCCAAUGUUGCUUUAGCCUUCUUGAUAAUUCGGGUUUCAAGAUUCAAGGUUUUUCAAGGUGCAAUAUUACCUGGCUGUCUUGCUUUUGUGAUCUGCUCUCUAUCUGUACAGUGUGGGAUAGAAGUCAUGUACAAUAUAUUUUUUUUCCUCCGCGUGAUUUUUGUGUAUUUCCUCGAUGUUUCCGUUUGUAAAUCUGGUGUUUGUUUUCCUGAUUGUACUAUUAAACUACUACUUCAA